AUGUUUAACACCUUUGAGGGAAAUGUUAAACCGAGACGACAAAUUAAUCUUGGAGGGCAGAGAAGCCAAGAAGAUAAGAAACUAUUAUUGAAAAGAACCCAAGAACAACGUAAAGCAAGAGAAGCGGAACGAUUGAGAAAUAAAUCGGCAAAUAAGAUUCAGGCGUUUUAUCGUGGUCGAAAAGUGGCUAGUGAUAUACGUCAAAUAGAACGUGUUCAUUGGGACCAUCAUGCUCAAGUGUUUUUCAAUAAUCUGGAAGAAACGAAUGCUGAAACGGCAUAUGAAUUAAUAAAUUUAAUACGGAGCUUUCUUUUCUUUUAUCGGCCUCAUCUCGAUAAUCAGCGCGAAUUCUGUUUGUGUCAAAUAUUAAAUCAAUAUCGAAAAGGCUCGCAAACAUUAUUUUUGCCUUUUUUUAGUGAUGAAUUACGUGAAAUUUGGACUUUUCAAUUAAAGCAAACUUUAUUGAUUUUCCUAAGGAGUAUUGGAUCCAGUCAUAACCUCGAUCAAAUUAGGAUAAAAGAAUAUUUAAUAAUCUUGCGAUCUGCGAUUGACAUUUCAAAAUACGAACAAAUAACUGGCAUUAUAGAGGGCAGUAAAACAGUUAAAACGAUUAUGAGGCAUCUAGUAUCAAAUGGCUUAUAUCAAGGAUUUAGGAAACAGAUAAUUACUAUGCCCCUAGAUGAAUCAAACUCUUUAUCUAGAAAUCUCAUUGCUGAUCUUUUGAUGAUUCCAAUCAAAAGUGAAAUAAGGGGAAUAGCUUUGCCAGAAUUUAUAAAACAAAUAUUCACAAUACCUCUAUUGCCAAAGUAUAUCACCAUAACGAAUAUGCCGAUUGAAAUUAUAUUGUCAAAUAUAGCCAAUAUGCCUAUUGAGCUCUUCAAAAUUGAAGAGAUUAGCUCCUUACUAGGAAAUUUGUUAAUCUAUGCAUUUCCGAAAAUGGGCUCUUUUAAGAAAUCAAUUUUGUUAGCCUACCUAAAGGUGCUACAAAAUUUAUCUUCGAUUAUCCCUGUCCAUCUCUUGACUGAAAAAUACUCGUUAAAUUCAAGUGGCAUGAUAAUAGACGAGGAUGAAGAUGAAGAGGAUUUAGAUGUGUCAAGGGUCAAGGGUUCAUCUUCGAGAGAAAUCAUUAUUGAUCAACAAGUUUUGCAGACGAUUGAAAAACUAUUUGACCAAAAACACUUGUCUUUGAUUUUCUUAUUUGCCACUAAAGCGGAUACAGACUCUCUUUUAAAAGUUGCAAAUUUCUUGGUUACAUUGAUGAUUAAAUGGCCUUCCCGCAAAGAUGAAUUAUUGAAAGCCAUGAUACAUGGACAUACACUUAAAUGGAAAGGAAGAUCAGCUGCCAAUGAAAUUUGGCAGGAAUUCAGGUCAACAGAAUUAUCACAAAAAGUAAAAGCACAACUUUUCUCGAGCAGCAUCAUUACCGAUCAGGCAUUCGCUGAACAAUGGGGUUUACUUGUAUUGCUAUGCGAGCUUUUAAAUAGGAUUUUACUUGUAACAGGCGAUGAUGAAUUUUUUCAAGAAGAAAAAAAUCCUCUCAUGAUGAAAGACAUUAUUGAAAUGUCUAUAUAUCUAAGGAAUGUUUCUUUCAAUUUGUACUGGAAUUAUACAUCUUUAAAAAUGGAUGCUACACUUGAAGGUAGCUGCAUUACCUUACACUACUUGAGGGAUGCAGUCACAAGAACGCUUCGACACAUUCAUGCGAGAGACUCUCGACGACGAUUUACUCCACCAGAUCAUUGGUUGAUGACAUCUGAAUUCGAUAUGACAGCUUUUAUAAAAGCUGUAGUACUGGAAGAACAAGAUUUGGAAUCGGAUGACACGAAUAUUAAACUCGAAAAGCGAAGUAACAUUGCCACGAGUCCGCGCCUUGAGAUUUUAAGCAAUAUCCCAUUUGUAAUACCAUUCGAGGAACGUGUAAAAAUAUUCAGAAAGUUUAUCGAAAAUGAUCGGGAACGGUCAGUGCCAAUUCUAAAUUAUCAUAAUGACUUUUUCUUGGAUAGGCGUACACGUGCUACUAUUCGUCGCACUCAUGUUUUCGAGGAUGGAUUUACUCAUUUAAAUGCCCUCGGUAAGGAACUUAAGCGACCGGUGGCCAUAAGCUUUAUUGAUGAAUAUGGACUUCCGGAGGCAGGCAUCGAUGGUGGUGGUUUAUUCAAAGAAUUUUUGACAGCGUUAACUCGUCAAGCUUUCGAUGUAAAUUAUGGGCUAUUUCUGAACACCAAAGAUAAUCUACUAUAUCCAAAUCCACAUGCAUACGCUCGACAAGCUUUAUACGAGGGCAUGUUAGUAGAUGCAGCCUUUGCUGGAUUUUUCUUGAGUAAAUGGCUUGGAAGAUUAUCAUAUUUGGAUGAUUUACCGUCUCUUGAUCCUGAUUUAUAUCAAGGGUUGAUAUUCUUGAAAAAUUAUAAAGGGAAUGUGGAAGACCUUGCGCUAAAUUUCACUGUCGUUGACAAAGCUAUUGAACUCAUUCCCCGUGGCAGUGAAACUCCAGUGACAGAAGAAAAUCGGCUUGCUUAUAUUUUCAGAAUGGCGAAUUACCGUCUAAAUACUCAAAUCUCGUGGCAAUGCAAAGCAUUCUUUAAUGGUUUAAAGGAUUUGAUUGACGAAAAAUGGCUACAAAUGUUUAAUCAGCAAGAACUUCAAAUUCUUAUUGGUGGCACAUCGGCCCCGAUUGACGUAGAUGACCUUCGUGAGAAUACAGUCUACGCUGGUUAUUCAGCGAACGAUCUUGUCAUUCAAAAUUUCUGGACUGUUAUCAAAAGCUUCACUGAAGAGCAACGACGAAAAUUAAUAAAAUUUGUUACAUCGUGUUCACGACCGCCGUUGCUUGGAUUUAAACAACUGAAUCCAAAGUUUAGCAUACGAAAUGCGGGACACGAGCCUCGGUUACCUACAUCAAGCACUUGUGUAAAUUUAUUAAAGUUGCCGGCUUAUCCGGAUCUGAAAACUAUGAAAGAGAAAUUGGAAUAUGCGAUCAGUGUGGAUGUUGGGUUUGGACUAUCUUAA